CCUGCCUUUCCAGACCUCAGCCUCCUGACCUGUGCAGUGGGGUAAGCAGCUCUUCCCUGCUGAGGAGCUCUUGAGGGCGGCAUGGGACGCGCUGCCAGGCGCACAGUUGGCCCUUGACAAAACCAUUCCUGUGUCCCCAGCCUGUUUCUCCCCAAGUCCCAUCGAUCUUUCUCUCCAUCCCCCUUUCCUCAGAAGGUCAGUUUUCUAAGCCCCAAGGCUUGGAGCCAGCCAGGAGCUGUCUCUUUCUUCAGUGCUGCCGACUGAACCCUUUUUCCUUAGAGGCUGCAGGGAGGGAGGCUCCCCUUGGCUCCCUGUGUCUGCAGCCGUGGCUCUGCGCCCUGGGAAUGCUGCCUAAGGCAGGGCCACGUAGAGGGCAGGGUUAGUGCAGGCCUUUGGGUGUUCCCAGCGGCCACAGUCCUUCAGUCUGCUUUCCUUGGGGCCCCUUUGCACCCCUGAAUGGAUGACCUGGGGGAUUCCAAGUUGGUUUGGGAGGGGCAACACCACAAGGCUGGAGGUUAGGAGGAUCUGGCUGUCAUCCCAGUUUGGACUCGUCUGCUACUUGACCUUUGAGCCAAAGAGAAAUCCUCCCUGGGCCACAAUGUCCCUGCUGGUCAGAUGAAAGAAUCAGAUGAGAUCAUCUCUGAGGAUCUCUCCAGGCUUCAUAUUCUUCUGUUUGAUUAUCCCCCAAAUACAUUGGAAAUUGGAGGCCCAAGGAUGAGUCCUGGUCGAGGACACACAGCCCAGAGGCUAUCCUGUCCUCUACGUUUUGUCCAGCUGUGAGUGGGGACUGGGCUUUAGCACCCAAAGUCCUCGGUUUAAAUAUAUCCCCUCCCCCUGGGGUCCUUGUACUCCUGCACCUUCCUCCUCCUGGGGAUGGCCCUGAUCUGCGCUCUUUGCUCCAUGCCCAUGCCCAAGCCCCGAGGGAACUCUGUCAGGUUGGUGAGUCUUCUGUUCUGUAGGGGGGCUUUGCUCCUCUCCACCAGGUAUGUGACCUUGGGCAAGUCACUUUAGCAGCCUGACUCCAGCUCCCUAGGACUAGUUGAAGUAAUGGAUAUAAGCACCCUUUGGGGGCCAAAAGCUCCUAGAGAGAUGAGACCUGGCUCAGGCAGAAGUCCCCAACAAAUGUAGAACAGGAAGAUGCAGUAAACAAGCCAGCCAGAACCCACCAGAUCCCUUGGGGAAGGGCAAGGGACAUUUGAGGCCAUCUUUAUGCAGGAGUCCUGGGCCCCAGGAAGCCAGGGCAGAGAGUCUUUGCCCAACUUCAGCCUAACAAAAAGGAAACUGAGGCAGGACCCUGCCCAGACCCAGAGGUACACAGGCUACCCUCCUAUGAACUUCCACAGGGGAACAGUUCUAGAAGACCAGGAUGAGUCAGUAACAAGGGCAGGACUGCAGUCAGGGGAAGACGACUUUGGUAGCUGGGGCUGGGGCAUGGGGAAGCGACCUGGCUGCUGCCCUGGCCCUGUGUCAGACGCAUUAGAACCAGAGCGACUCCAUCUUGACUAGGGGCUGAGUAAAAUGAGGCUGAGACCUGCUGGGCUGCACUCCUAGGAGGUUAGGCAUUAUUCCUCCUUUUAGUCAUUUUUAGGAUGAGAUAGGAGGUCAGCAGGACUGGUUUCACAAGGUACAGGUCAUAAAUACCCUGCUGGUAAACAGGAUGUGGUCUACAAGCCUGCCAAAACCCAGCAAAUCCAAGGUGGUGAUGAAAGUCACCUCUGGUCGUUCUCGUUGCUCAUUAUACACUAAUUAUAAUACCCCCACCGGCACCAUGACAGUUUACAAAUGCCAAGGCAAUGUCCAGAAAUUACCUUAUACAGUCUAAAAGGGAGAAGAGGUCUCAGUUCUGGGAAAAUGCCCUCCCCUUUCUUGGAAAACAUUAAUAAUCCCCCUCUUGGUUUAGCAUCUAGUCAAGAAAUAGUCAUAAAAAUAGCCAACCAGCAGCCCUCAGGGUGCUCUUCCUAUGGAGUAGCCAUUCUUUUGUUUCUUUACUUCUCCAAUAAACUCGCUUUCACUUUACUCUGUGGACUCACCUCAAAUUCUUUCUUGUGAGAGUCCAGGAACCCUCUUUUGGGGUCUGGAUCGGGACCCCUUUCUAGUAUCAUUUUUCUGGUGAACCACGAAGGGACGACACCAGAGAAACCACCGACCCAGAGGAAACAGACUACAGCACUGAUUGUCCGACCUUGGGUCACCAUGGGGACAGCCGCCCUGGGUUCUCUCUCAGCAGUGCUCCUGCUCUUUCUCCUGAUGUGUGAGGUCCCUGCAGUGGAGCUCACCUUGGACAGAGCUGUGGCCAGCGGCUGCCGACGGUGCUGUGACCCUGAGGACCCCCUGGUGCCUGACCAUGUGUCUGCAGCCUCUUCCUCCGUCCUCCCGCACGCCCUGCCUGAGGUCAGGCCCUACAUUAACAUCACCAUCCUGAAGGGUGACAAAGGGGACCCAGGCCCAAAGGGUAUCCCAGGGUCCAGGGGCAUGGAUGGUCCUCAAGGAGAGCCUGGUCCGCAGGGCAGCAAGGGCGACAAGGGGGAGAUGGGCAGCCCCGGCCCCCCUUGCCAGAAGCACUUCUUUGCCUUCUCGGUGGGCCGCAAGGAGGCCCUGCACAGCGGCGAGGACUUCAAGACGCUGCUCUUCGAAAAGGUCUUCGUGAACCUCGAUGGGUGCUUCGACAUGAGUGCCGGCCACUUCGCCGCUCCCCUGCGCGGCAUCUAUUUCUUCAGCCUCAACGUGCACAGCUGGAACUACAAGGACACGUACGUGCACAUCAUGCACAAUGAGAAGGAGGUCGUGGUCCUGUACGCGCAGCCCAACGCCCGCAGCAUCAUGCAGAGCCAGAGCGUGAUGCUGGACCUGGCCUCCGGGGACCGCGUCUGGGUGCGGCUCUUCAAGAGCCAGCGCGAGAAUGCCAUCUACAGCAACAACUUCGACACCUACAUCACCUUCAGCGGUCACCUCAUCAAGGCUGGGGACGAUUGAGGGCCACCCACCCGGCCGGAGAGCUCAGGGGCUGGCCCUGUCCCCUGCCAGGCUUGGUUUGCAUCGCGGUGAAGCGGGAAGGCCCGGGAGGUCCCCGGGGACCUGGCGUUCUGGAAGGACCCUGCUUCUUUCUUGGCUGCCGCCGUCCCUCCCAGACUAUUUCUGCUCCUCUCUUCUCUCUUGGACCUAUUUUAAGAAACUUUCUAACCUAAAUAUUCUAGAACUUUUCCAGCCUCAUAGCCCAGCACUUCUCAAACUUGGAUGUGCACGUGAAUCACCCGGGGUUCGUGUUAAAUGUGGAUUCUGACUCAGUAGGUCUGAGUGGGUCCAGGAUUCUGCAUUGCUAACACAUUCCUGGGUGAUGCUGAUGCUAUCUAUCAGUCUAUGAACCACACUGGAGCAACCAGGUUCUAAAACUUUCUGAAUAUUCUAGUACUUUCUGAACAUUCUAGAAUCCUCCACACAUUCCAGAAUAUUCCCAACUUUUUUUUUUUCUUUGAGACAGGGUUUUGCUCUGUUGCCCAGGCUCGAGUGCAGUGGUGUGAUCUGGGUUCACUUCAACCUCUGCCUCCUGGGUUCAAGUGAUUCUCCUGCCUCAGCCUCCUUAGUAGCUGGGAUUACAGGCGCCUGCUAACAUGCCCGAAUAAUUUUUGUAUUUUUAGUAGAGAUGGGAUUUUACCUUGUUGGCCAGGCUGGACUCGAACUCCUGAUCUCAGGUGAUCCACCUGCCUCAGCCUCCCAAAGUGCUGAGAUUACAGGCAUGAGCCACUGCGCCUGGCCUCUCCCAACAUUCUUAAAUCCUCUCAUCCCUCCAGGGCUCCAUGUACUGUGUUCUCUGCCCCUUCCCCUCUUCUCUUGCUCACACCUGCACUGCCACAGCCACCGUUCAUUUAUUCACUCAUCAAACACCAAGCACUCACUCUGUGCUGGGUCCCGGGAAGGGUGAGCGAGUCAGACACAGGCCCUGCCCCUACCUCAGUGACCGGCCAGUCCAGCCAGGCAGGGAGAGAUGUGUACGCAGGUUUUGAAGCAGAUCCACAGCUCACACGGUUCUGUGUUCUGGGUGUUCAGGUGCUGCUGGUCCUCCGUAACCCACUGUUCCCCAAGGCAGACAGGACGGGGUCCCGGUGGCAGGGGCAGGUAUCCCCUCCCCGUUCCUCAUCCACCUGCCCAAUGUCCAUCGUUAAAGCAAACCCUAGGGGGCCUUGUCCAGGUCAAGGGUUCUGUGAGUAGAGGACUCAGGAGUGUGGGGGCUUUUGGGGGUGAAGGGACCCCGAGGAAUGGAGCCCACACCCAUAGCUCUCCCCACAGCUGAUUUGGCAGCCUGUGAGGAAACGUGCCCUCCUCACUGAGAUCCCCUUCCUGCCCCCUCCCAGGGAUCUGCCAGGGCCUUGUUCACCUCCUUCCACCAAAGGCAUCCGAGCCCCAGUUUCCCGAGGACCUCCAGCUCAGACGCUGAUGUCUGUCCCCAGGUGCUCUCUGCCCCUCCUUCCCCUGUCCCUGGCCCAGUGCCCCGACUCUGCAGGCUUUAUCAAGGUGCUAAGGCCCCAGUGGACAGCUGCUCACCUCAGAGCCCUGCCCCAGCCUGGUGCUGCCUCUACAAACACCUGCAGGCCAAGGGCCAGGGCAGAAGCCCCAGGCUUUGGAGCCUUCAGCAGGUCUGGGGAGCUGAAGCAGGCUAUAUUCUGUCACUGGGAGAGGCCGAGGCAAAGGAGGGACCUGCGGCCUUCUGUUCCUUCUCUCAGGGUGGGGUGGCCCAGUGGCCCCCUAGCCUUCCAAACCCAGGUGGCCUGCUCUUCUCCCUGGAGGGAGGCGGCCUCUGCCCAUUGGUGCUCCUGCGGACUCUGGGGCCGAGGUGCUGGGGGGUGGUCUCUGGUGCUCACAGCCAAGGGAGCUGUAGCUCCAUGGCGGGAUGACAGGAACAGGGCCCCACAAGUGCCAGGAAGACUGGUGCUAUCAACCACCCCCCGACCAUGCCCUGCCCUUCCGUCCAGCAUGAUUAAACAGUGCUGUCUCCUCUUGG